AUGUGUCGCGUCUUUGUCGACGUUUACCAUGGAGGUGUUCCGAAGCCUUGUUUGUUCCUUCCGGGCCAUGAAGAAAAGAAAUCAAUCGUAAAAAUUGUCGCAGUGUGGAUAUGGGAUCGAGGUCGAGCCAUUUUGGCAUCGUUUGCUUGCGUUGUUGAUUGUGAAAGAGAACACGCCCGUCUUCUGGUUACAUCCAAAAUGGUGGCCGGGCCCCCGUGCUCGUCGCACGCAGUCUCACGGUUCCACAGCGCCCUGAGGGUGACUCCUUGUCGCGACUGCUCGUUUGUCCGUUCCGCAGCAGCUCCACCUCACAGGUUGCUUCCUACUCCCCCUGCGCAGCAUCUUUGCAGGCGCUCAUUUUCAGGCGGUGGAUCCGCGUCUUCGUCCAGCGUAAGACCUAUCCCGACGUCCUCAACCUCGCAGCUGGAGAAGCUCUUGGCCCUGCAAAGCGUCAGCGCUGGUGAUGAAACAGUGCGUGCGGGAGAUAGUGUGUUUGGAAAAACAAAUCACGAUCAACAUUCUGGGCGGGACCAGGAUCGUCCCGAAGGCUCCGCGGAGAAGAAGCUUCCGGUGCUCUCACCCGAAGAGGCCUUGUACCUCGCAAAAGAAGCGGGGUUCUACAGCCGGCAAGAGUUGCAGGACCAGAUCAUCCGGUCGCCCAGUUUUUCCACGGACAGAACGUCCCCAUUUUUGAUUGACCGCUUCCUCGACCCGUUGCCAACGCCGAAGAUGGAAAGGCAAGUCGUCGAAUCAGAAGAGGAUGACCGGGGACAGAGCUCGUACGGCUUGUACGGGGAAAAACCAGUACCACGGAAAAUUCACGACGCUCUGCUCCGCCUUAGCAGCGGCACACCCGCAUCUGCAAACGGAAGCUUGGCAAAGAACUUCCGUCAUGGUAGUGGUAGUACUGUACCAGCUUUCGACGACCCCCGCGCGACCUUUCUUGUGCCGAAAAACCGCUACGAGGCGAGGGGAAGUCACGCAGCCGGCACUGGAGGUGGAAUUGGUCUUGAUUCAAGCGAAGACGAGGACUCGGCAGCUUCGGAUAGCACCAAACGCACGACGAACGAAUGGCGGUGUGUGGCCGAGGGCUACGGUACGCGGGCGCGGGCCUCGGCGCACUGCAUUCUCCGGCGGGGCAGCGGGAUCAUCAAAGUAAACGGAGAAGAAGAUUUCACAAGCCGGUGGCCGCUUCUGUACAACCGUUUGGAGGUAGUUUUGCCGUUCACGGUCACGCAAACCUGUUGCUACUACGACGUCUUCCUCGCCGUGAAGGGCGGAGGGACGUCCGGGCAGGCGGGUGCGGCAAAGCUGGCGAUUGCCCGCGCCCUGGCACAGGCGCGACCGAGCUGCGUGCCACUGCUGAAUUCCAGGCAGCUGUUGCACGAAGAUUUGCGGCAAAAGUUGCCGAAAGACUCCUCUAGGCCAAAGGCGCGCGCCGGCUGGCGGUGGAGCAAACGCUAGAUUGAUUAUCGGAUGCCCCCUCUCUGCUGAUUUUGAGAAAUACCUACUUAGUUCUGCUAUAAUUAUUUCAGCUGGAGUUUAACAACG